AUGACCUCCCUGAUGUCCACGGUUCAGAGCGACGUGGUGCAGCUGGAGCAGCGGGUGCACCUCGUGGAGCUGCAGUGCGACAGCAGGACCGACGCCGGCCACACUUCGCCUCUCCGUGCCAUGAAGGAGGAGAUCCUGGAGGAGAUCCGAGGGAUCGGUUCCAAGUUGGGCGAGCCUGCCGCAGCGGUCGAGGAGCUCCGCGCAGUGGGCGCCAGGCUGAGCGACCCCGGCGCAGCGCUGGAGGAGAUCAGGGCCAGGCUUGCCGAGCGCAGCCCCGCUCUGGAGGAGAUCAAUGCGAAGCUGGCCGAGCAGGCCCCCGCCCUGGAGGACGUCAAACAGCGCAUGGCGGACCUGAAGUCGGGCCUCGUUCUCGAGGAAAUCCGUGCCGUCAGUGCUAGGAUGGUUGACCCCACUGCAGCGCUGGAUGAUAUUAGGAGCAGGCUGACUAGCUCCUCCGCGGCGCUGGAGGAGAUGAAGGGCAAGCUUGCCGCGCACGCUCCUGCGCUGGAGGACGUCAGGAAGAGCAUGGCGGACAUGAAUGUUGGCCUUAUUCUGGAAGAAGUCCGCGCCGUCGAUGCCAAGAUUGCAGAUCCCUCUGCAACGCUGGAUGACAUUAAGAGCAAGCUGGACAUGGGCACUGGCUCUAUCCUCCAGGAGAUCCGCAUUGCCAACGCCAGGCUGACCGACCCCACUACAGCGCUGGAUGAGAUCAAGACCAGGCUGACUAAUUCCGCGGUGGCGCUGGAGGAGAUGAAGGGGACGCUUACUGAGCACGCCCCGGCGCUGGAGGACAUCAGGAAAAGCAUGGCGGACAUGAAUGUUGGCCUUAUUCUGGAAGAAGUCCGUGCUGCCAAUGCCAAGAUUGCAGAUCCCUCUGCAACGCUGGAUGACAUUAAGAGCAAGCUGGACAUGGGCACUGGCUCUAUCCUCCAGGAGAUCCGCAUUGCCAACGCCAGGCUGACCGACCCCACUACAGCGCUGGAUGAGAUCAAGACCAGGCUGACUAAUUCCGCGGUGGCGCUGGAGGAGAUGAAGGGGACGCUUACUGAGCACGCCCCGGCGCUGGAGGACAUCAGAAAGAGCAUGGCGGACAUGAAUGUUGGCCUUAUUCUGGAAGAAGUCCGUGCUGCCAAUGCCAAGGUUGCAGAUCCCUCUGCAACGCUGGAUGACAUUAAGAGCAAGCUGGACAUGGGCACUGGCUCUAUCCUCCAGGAGAUCCGCAUUGCCAACGCCAGGCUGACCGACUCCACCUCAGCAUUGGAGGCGAUCAGGGCCAGGCUGACCGAGCACGGCCCUGCGCUGGAGGACAUCAGCAAGAGCAUUGCAGAAGUGGGCGCCCGCCCCCUCCUGGAGGAGAUCCGCGCCAUCGGCGCCAGGCUGGUCGACCCCACCGCGGCGCUGGCCGAGAUCCGGGCCGGGCAGGCCGAGCACGGCAACACGCUGGAGGAGAUCAGGAGGGGCGUUCAGCUCAUGGACCCGAUACUCGAGGACCUCCGCAACGGCCAGGCGGAGUGGGCGGUUGAGCCUAUCCUGACGGAGUUGCGCAGCGUGUCGGCCUCGCUGCGGGGGGAGCUCAAGCUGGGCAUCGAGAUCUCGGACAUGAGCUUGGUGCUAGAAGAGAUCCGGAAGAGUCGAGACGACCUGGAGGCGGUCAUGCACGAGGUCCGCGCCAUCGGCGCACGGGCCGCGGAGACCUCCCCCGCGCUGGAGCAGAUGCAGAGGCACGUGGAGCGCCUGGACCUCGGUCCCGUCCUGGAGGGGCUGCGCGGCUUCGGGGCGGCGUGCGUGCAGAUCCCGCAGGUCGUGGAGGAGAGAUUCGAGGCAUUAGUGCCAGGCUGA